GAGGUGCUGGAAGUUUGAGCUUUUUGAGACGUAACCAGUGAAGCAUUGCUUGGAGGAGGUUCAGUAGUUAUAGAGAGGCUCUAAAGAGACGAGUACAGUGACACACACAGGGUGUUUAAACGCAGGCCCAGCUGAGUGUGGGAGACGGAUGGACGGACGGACAGAUGGACGAGGGCUCCUCUGUUAAUCAUUGAUGGAUUGGCCCCCGUCCUCUGUCAAUAUGAAGAACAAAUCCACAGCUUCAUUAGCGCUGCCUUCUUCCCAGGGCACCUUUAUUAGUGAGAGGUGACGCUCUCAGCAGGACACCAGCGUCUUCUACUUUAGGCACCUGGAUGCUGGACGGCCUUUUGUCUCUCGCUGGGCCGGAGCUGGGGAUUUAACCCUUUGCUGGCGUGCAGAUCUGGGCCAGAGGCUGUGAGGACAGAUGCUCUGCCGCCGGCGCUUGUUGACUCUUCGGGACGUUUAACCGCGUUAACGUUUUGUCAUCAUGCCGAUGAAACGCAGCAGCAGAAACGGCCUGUUCCUCAUUCACUCUUUAGCCAAGACUCUGUGCAGCUCACCAGAGGACAUGCUCACGGACUUUAAUGGACAGACACAGUUUCAGCAGGAGGACGAUUGUGGGGUGAAAUCAGAAGCAGAGGACAGUAACGAGACGCCGUCCUCCGACGAGGAGCGGGACCUGGUGGACUUUAACCCGGAGCUGCCGAUCAAACACAGCGUGUCCUCCUCCAGGAAGAGCAUCAGCCAGAUCAUCCGGGACAAGAAGAAGCAGACGCAGCUCACGCUGCAGUGGCUGGAGGAGAACUACAUGGUGUGUGAGGGUGUGUGUCUGCCGCGCUGCAUCCUCUACGCCCACUACCUGGACUUCUGCCGCAGGGAGAGGCUGGAGCCGGCCUGCGCCGCCACCUUUGGGAAGACCAUUCGGCAGAAGUUCCCGCUCUUAACAACGCGGCGACUGGGAACCAGAGGACACUCCAAGUAUCACUACUACGGAAUCGGCAUCAAAGAGAGCAGCGCCUACUAUCACUCAGUUUACUCUGGGAAAGGCCUGACCAGGUUCUCCGGAAGCAAACUGAAGAACGAGGGAGGCUUCACCAGGAAAUACUCUCUCAGCUCUAAAACUGGAACUUUGCUCCCAGACUUCCCGAGUGCUCAGCACCUGCUGCUGCAGGGGGACGUCUGCAGGGAGAAGGUGGACACGCUCAUCAUGAUGUAUAAGACUCACUGCCAGUGCAUCCUGGACAACGCCAUCAACGUCAACUUCCAGGAGAUCCAGAACUUCCUGCUCCACUUCUGGCAGGGAAUGCCCGACCACCUGCUGUCGCUGCUGGAGGUCCCCGUCAUAGUGGACAUCUUCUGCGUCUGUGACUCUGUGCUCUAUAAGGUUCUCACCGAUGUUCUGAUUCCUGCUACAAUGCAAGAGAUGCCUGAAAGUUUGUUGGCAGACAUUCGCAACUUUGCCAAACACUGGGAGCACUGGUUGGCCUCCUCCCUGGAGAACCUCCCAGCAUGCCUUGCAGCCAGCAAGCUGCCCAUCGCGCGCCGCUUUGUGUCCUCCCUCAAGAGACAAACGUCGUUCCUGCACCUGGCGCAGAUCGCCCGCCCGGCGCUCUUCGACCAGGCGGUUGUGACCAACAUGGUGCUGGACAUCGAUAACGUGGACCUCAGCAGCAUCAGCUCUCAGCCUCUGCUCAGCGUAAACACAAGCGGAGACCAGGACGCGGACGUUUACUCUGAGUAUGACUCCAUCACAGUGUUUCGGGAGCUGAAGGAGCUGCUCAGGAAAAACGCCACAGUGGAGUCCUUCAUCGAGUGGUUGGACUCUGUGGUGGAGCAUAAAGUCAUCAAGCCUGGGAAGCAGAGCGGACGCUCUCUGAGGAAACGGGCCCAGGACUUCCUGCUCCGGUGGAGCUUCUUCGGCGCCAGAGUGAUGCACAACCUCACGCUGAACAACGCCUCCAGCUUUGGCUCCUUCCACCUGAUCCGGAUGCUGCUGGACGAAUACAUCCUUCUGGCUCUGGAGACUCAGUUUAACAACGACAAGGAGCAGGAGCUGCAGAACCUGCUGGACAAAUACAUGGCGGACGCAGACGCCAGCAAAGCCGCGUUCACGGCGUCGCCGAGCUCCUGCUUCCUCGCCAGCCGUGGCCGGGCCGGCGCCGGCGCCUCCGCCUCCGCGGGCGAGCAGGCGGUGAAGAACGAGUCCGGGGCGGAACACGCCUACAUGACUCUGUCCAACCAGCAGCACAGCCUGGAGAGCGCCGAUGCCUCGGGCUUCACGGUUUCAGGCGGUGCGGGGGACUUCUCUCAGGUCAGCGGCCCCCUCAUGACGCCGCCCAUCUCUCCGGCCACGCUGGCCCACAGAGGCUCCGUCAUCAAUCAGGGCCCCAUGGCCGGACGGCCCCUGAUGCCCGCCGCCUCCUCCUCCUGCCUGUCCUCUGUCAGUGCGCUGACUCAGCCCGGCCCCUGCUCCUCCUACGUGGAGACCCUGUACCACUGCUUACCUCAGAGCUCCAGCUACUCCAGCCUGAACUACCAGCCUGCGCUCAGGCCUCCGUCCCAGAGCCAGUGUCUGGCGCCGCUCCAGUGCCAGACCUACCACCUCUCCCGGUACCCGUCCUUCAACGAGCAGCACCUGAAUAAAGAGGUGCUGUACAGUCACCCUCCUGCAGCCCACCACUCGUCCAGCAGCUGCCCCUCGAUGCCGUACGCUUCCGCCGUGCGACCCACAUCCAACUACAGCUCCUCUUCAGACCCGCUUCACACCGAACCGGGGCUGGAGGCUCAGAUUCUGGACUCAGCAGAGGGGUUUGGGUUUGUGGGGGCCGGUGGGUGUCAGGGACAGACGUACUCAGGGAGCUCCAGUUACUACGGAAACGGCGACUUCCUGGACGGCCAGCGGAUGACGUCGCUGGUCGACCAGCACGUGUCCGUCAUCAGCAGCGUGGGCAGCCUGCGCCCCUUCACCUCCUCCUACUCCGAGGUCCACGACCCGCUCAACAUCCUGGACGACCCGGGGAGGAAACCGUCCGGGGCCUACUUCACGGAGGGCGACGCCGGCGCCGGAUCCGCUCCCUGCAUGUUCGGAGCCGCUCCUCCGUUCGCCGGGUCGGACGCGCUGCUGGGGGUGCGGCCGCCGUCGGUGCAGGAGCUGGUGUCGUCGCUGCCUCCCAUCAACACCGUCUUCAUGGGCGCCGGGGGAGUACAGUGAUCGCCUGCAUGUGUGUGUGGGGCCCAGUUUGCUGCAGAACGACGCGCAUUCUGGUUCCGUCGGACUGUUUGGGUUGAAAGCAGGACAGUGGAUGGAACGAGCUGGAGGAAAAGGUGUGAAGCCGCAGGACCCUGAAUCCGCUCCAUUAUCGUUCCUGGACUCGAAAGCUGCAGUUCAGACACAAACACAGGUCGAAGGAAUUUAUCUACGAGGAAAUGUGGAAUUUAGAAAAAAGUAUUUAACAAAUAGUAAAACAGUUGCUCUGAUACUAAUUUAUUAAUAUUUAUUUUAAAUCUUAUUUUGCCAACAUGGAGACAAGGAAUGUUUUUGUUCCUUUGGUGAAACUGCAGAUGCUCCAGAUGUGGAGUCAGUAUUAAGUAUCUAGAUCCAAAUCAAAGGCAGAAUGUAAGUGAGUUGGGCCAAAUACGUGCCUGCUGGUGUAGCUGCACAGAGCCUUAUCUGCCCGUGUCACACCGGUCAACACACGAGCCUUUAAUGGCCCAACUCCCCGAUAACGGGCGGAAACGCAAUUAAUGCGUGGCAUCGGACCUGGACGCGGCUUCGUUCGGUUUUCUUUGCAGCACAAUAGGGCGAGAUAUGACGGAGAUAAACCAGUUUAGCAACAUGUAGCGAGAAGCGCCAGAGAGCUGGAGUCUGGAUGGAGUCUGAUCAACACAGGAACAGUCUCCUGUUUAACAUUAGCAGAAUCAGACGCCUGUUAAAUGUCUCCACCUAUUUUUGUCAUAACGUCAUAUAUCCAGUCAAUAUCGUGUCAGUUCACUGGUCCAUGAAUAAAAGGAAUCGAGUUCUUUUUAUCUGA